AUGGAGCUAUUCUACAGUUGGCACCGUGACCUGACAGUUCUUGUGGCUGUUAGCGAUCACUUUUAUCCCUCUGUGACCUGCCCUGUCGAUGGAUCUUUGCACUGUCUUGCUGGCGAACCUUUGCCCAAGCCUCUCGCCUUGCCCCUUGCUCCUCUGGUCAGCCCUCUUGUUCUUGACGACCCGCUUCACUGGCGCCCUCCUCCUCUCUUCCAGGUGAUUGUGUUCACUAUGGAACACCUUCAGCUCCUUGUUUUCCUACUUAAGUGGGGCAGCGUGAGCAACCCACUCUUCCUCCCGCUGAUCCCACCGCAGUCUCAGGGGUUCACCGCCAUCGUCCUCACCUAUGACCGCGUGGAGAGCCUCUUCCGGGUCAUCACUGAGGUGUCCAAGGUGCCCAGUCUAUCCAAGCUGCUAGUCGUCUGGAAUAAUCAGAAUAAGAACCCUCCAGAAGAUUCUCUCUGGCCCAAAAUCCGGGUUCCACUGAAAGUUGUGAGGACAGCUGAAAACAAGUUGAGUAACCGUUUCUUCCCUUACGACGAAAUUGAGACUGAGGCUGUUCUGGCCAUCGAUGAUGACAUCAUCAUGCUGACGUCUGAUGAGCUGCAAUUUGGCUAUGAGGUCUGGCGGGAAUUUCCUGACCGCUUGGUGGGUUACCCCGGCCGUCUACAUCUCUGGGACCAUGAGAUGAAUAAGUGGAAGUAUGAGUCUGAGUGGACUAACGAGGUAUCCAUGGUGCUCACAGGUGCGGCUUUUUAUCACAAGUAUUUUAAUUACUUGUAUACCUACAAAAUGCCCGGGGAUAUCAAGAACUGGGUGGAUGCCCACAUGAACUGUGAAGACAUUGCCAUGAACUUCCUGGUGGCUAACGUCACGGGGAAAGCCGUCAUCAAGGUAACCCCACGAAAGAAAUUCAAGUGUCCUGAGUGUACCGCCAUCGACGGACUUUCGCUAGACCAGACACACAUGGUGGAGAGGUCCGAGUGCAUCAACAAGUUUGCUUCAGUCUUUGGGACCAUGCCUCUCAAGGUGGUGGAGCAUCGCGCGGACCCUGUCCUGUACAAAGACGACUUUCCUGAAAAACUGAAGAGCUUUCCCAACAUCGGCAGCCUGUGAGCCGUGCCCCGGAUAAAGGGCUGAACUUGAAGCUUGGCAGAGGAGAGACUGGGGCUCCCAGCACGUGACAGCAGGUCAGGGGUUAGGGUGGAAGGUGGCCUUCUGGAUCUUGGCAUGCACUCACCUGGCCACUUCCUCAGGAACAGGAACCCAGAAAGAACAUUUAAGCACCUUGAGCAGUGCAGCCUCUGUCCUUGUGUUUCAUAUGAUCUCCGGUGGGUUCUUUUUGAAAACACCAAAGCAAAGCUUUUGCACAUUUUCCAGAUUUAAAUCCAGCUCAGACUCCCUUCAUUUUCAGUUCCAGUUUAACAAUCUGAAAGGAAACCUCACUGACCAGAAGAUUGCUGGAGAAGAGAAACCGUAUCAGCCCAUUGUAGAUUUGGGGAAUCCUGAAAAAGGUACCCCUACCACACCUGUAGUUAUUUCACAACAAUGAAUUCUUUGGAGGAAUGGCCAAGCCCAGUAUUUGGUGCAAAACACAAACAUCUUGGUGGGGUUUGAUCGAUGCCUUGGGACCUGGGGCGCUGGGCUCGUGUGGAAGAAGAGAGCUGACCACUGGGUCAGGAUCCUAUGAGUUCCAUGAACUAUUCCUCUCUGGUUAGGCUUUUUGAUAUGAUUAAAAUUAUUUUUUAUUCCUUUU